UUGAAUUACGUAUUUGUCUGUGGCUGUACUGGGUUGGUUUUUCAUUUGCUGUACUCCCAGUCUCACUUGACAUUUCAGGGAGAUAUUGUAUCUUUUUUUUGUCCUCCACUUUAAUUUUUUUACACCUUUUUUCUGCUUUCAGAGGCUACUUGGCUCCUGCCCCACCACCUCUACCUCAAUUUUUGGACACCACCUUGGAGGAAGAUUAAACCAUCCAAGCAAUCAAAGCCUUUGGAAGAAUGAGUACCUACAACAUUUCUCUGAGUGGGCCGGCCCCAUGGGGCUUCCGAUUGCAGGGAGGCAAGGACUUCAACAUGCCCCUGACCAUCUCCAGGAUCACCCCAGGGAGCAAGGCACAGCAGGGCAACCUGAUCCAGGGUGACAUCAUCGUGGCCAUCGACGGGGUCAGCACUGAGGGCAUGACCCACCUGGAGGCCCAGAACAAGAUCAAGUCUGCCAGCUUUAACCUGGCCCUCACCAUGCAGAAGUCAAAGCGGCCAUUUCCACUUCCCACAUCCACCCCAAGAAUUGACUCUCCCAUUCAACAGAUCCCUCACCAGAAGGUUAUUUCCAACACUCCUGCCAACAACGAAUAUGUGGCCAACUUCAACCCCAAUGCACUGAAGGACACGGCCCUGUCCACCCACAAGCCCAUCGAGGUGAAGGGUCCUGGGGGCAAGGCCACCAUCAUCCAUGCCCAGUACAACACCCCCAUUAGCAUGUACUCCCAGGACGCCAUCAUGGACGCCAUCGCCGGACAGUCCAAGGGCCACGAGGCCGGUUCACUCCCAGUAAAAGACGCUCAGGUAGACAGUGCCUCCCCAGUGUAUCAGGCUGUGAUCAAGACUGCAGACAGGGACAUGGAGUUGAAUGACUGGGCCCGCAGCUCCUCCCAGGUGCAGUCCAAGUCCUUCCGACUCCUCGCCCACAUCACGGGAACGGAGUUCAUGCAAGACCCAGACGUGGAACAUCUGAGGAAAUCAAGGGAAAAGUUUGACACUGAAUUUAAAGGCCCACGUUUUGCCAAAUUGAAAAAUUGGCACAAUGGCCUGUCUGCUCAAAUCCUUAACGUGCCAGAAUAUGAGAGAAAGUCUAUUUGUGCUGACAUUAACUCUAAUUCAUAUACACACAGACCUACAUGGGCUGUUUGUAUAUAUGGUUUUCGGCCUCAGACUGCUGAUGGUUUUCUCUCAAUGCAAUCUAACCUCUUAUGCAGUAGCCCUGUUGAGCAUGCUCCAGUCGCCUCCAGCCCCACACAUGUUGCUCUCCCUGCUAGUGCUGCUUCGCCCAAUCAGGCGACUUCGCCUGCUGCUUACCAGUCUCCAGAGCCCGCCCCCGUAGCCCCUGAACCCACCCCUGAGAGCCUAUAUGGCCAGGCUCCCCCCAUGCAAAAAGCCCCUCCCAUGUACCAGGGGCAAUCCAUGUACCAGGGGCCUCCUAUGCAGCAGGGACCUCCCAUGUACCAGGGGCCUCCUAUGCAGCAGGGACCUCCCAUGUACCAAGGGCCUCCAAUGCAGCAGGGACCUCCCAUGUACCAGGGGCCUCCAAUGCAGCAGGGACCUCCCAUGUACCAAGGGCCUCCAAUGCAGCAGGGACCUCCCAUGUACCAGGGGCCCCCCAUGCAGCAGCCUCCUCCUAUGCAGCAGCCUCCUCUCAUGCAGCAAAGCUCCAUCCAGAUCCCUGUGGGCCCUCCCCCACCCAAGGUGGUCAGCACCGCCUGCAUUGUGCCAGCUCCAGCCCCUGCGCCUGCCCCUGUUCCAGCCGCAGCCCCGGCCGCCCCUGAACCCCCCUCCAGCAGGCCACCCUGGAUCACGGACGACUCUUUUGCCAACAAGUUUGACCCCAGCAAGACCACCAGCACCAGCAUGAAAGUGCCUGCUCUACCUCAGAGUGCCCCACCAGCACCGGCCUACAUCCCAAACCCUGGCUCCGCCCACGCCCGUCCCUCUGCCCCAAGCCCUGCCUAUAAUCCCAGCCCCGCCCCCUACAACACCGCCCCUGCCCCCUUCCCUCCCAUUGCCCGGGGCGUGGCCCAAAGGGCGGAGCGCUUCGCUGCCAACAGCAGCAGAGCACCCCUCUGUGGAGCCUGCAACAACAUGAUCCGGGGACCCUUUCUGGUGGCCUUGGGUCGCUCCUGGCACCCAGAGGAGUUCAACUGUCACUACUGCCACACAUCGCUGGCAGACUGCAGCUUUGUGGAGGAGCAGAACGCAGUGUACUGUGAGAACUGCUACGGCGAGUUCUUUGCCCCCACCUGUGCACGCUGCAACACCAAGAUCAUGGGGGAGGUGAUGCAUGCUCUGCGGCAGACAUGGCACACCACCUGCUUUGUGUGUGCUGCCUGUGGCAAGGCCUUUGGAAACAGCCUCUUCCACAUGGAGGAUGGGGAGCCCUACUGCGAGAAAGAUUACAUUUCACUCUUCAGCACCAAAUGCCACGGCUGUGACUUCCCAGUAGAAGCUGGAGACAAGUUCAUUGAAGCACUGGGUCAUACCUGGCACGAUACCUGCUUUGUCUGUGCAGUGUGCCAUGUGAACCUGGAGGGCCAGCCCUUCUACUCCAAGAAGGACAAGCCCCUGUGCAAGAAGCACGCUCAUGCUAUCAACGUGUAAAUGCUCCAUCUGCAGCCUUAUGGGGUGGUGGGCAUGUGCUAACGUAGCUAUGCCCUGGCAAUGAACCCUGUAGAGGGGGCAUUGAUGCCAAUGUAAAUGAUGAGAAACACAAGCUGAAGAUGGUAGCGACAAGAUUGACCGUUCAGUAAAUAGAACAGUCAGUCGUGACAAAAUACAAAAAUAAUUUGUUUUUUAAGUAGUUUCAUAUUAGUUAGGUUUGUAUUUAUUAUUUCACUCACAAAUGAAUUAUAAUUUAUAUUUUAUAUCAGAGAAUUCUGAUGUAAACCCUUUGCUACUCCACUCAGUUCCUAAAGGGCCUCAAUACAGGGAGGCUGGAGCUACAGCAUAAGCAGCCUACAGACACAUGCAGACUGAGUGGAUUAGCAGGGUUCUUCAGUAAAUAAGAUGCCUUAUUUCACAGAAACACUGUGUGCUUUGUUUUGAAUGUAAAACCCCAAAUAGCGAAACACAAAUAGCUUGCAGUGAUACCGUUUUAGUAUCGUAUAUACUAGAUUUAACAUGAUGAUGCCUCACUGUGUACUGAUACAGUAUAUCAUGACACAUGUAGGCCUGCUAAUACUGUUUGAUUUAACAUAGUUAUUAUAGUUUAGUAAGUUAUAUUUAUUGCAACUUUGACAGUUAUAUUAUUUAUUUACAUAGAAUAAAAUGAAAGUAUAACAUUCAUGGAUGUUUAUAUUGCUGAUAAAGCAAAAAUGUUAUACAUUGCCUUUUGUUGACAGCUGCAUUAUAUUGUGUACAUCACUCAAACUCUUUCAUCCUGGAUUCAUUUGAAAUCCAGUCAAAUAAUAAUACAAAGAUACAGUAAUACCAUACCGAUUUUAGGGAUACAGGUAGAAGAUGAGAAAACGUUAGAUAUAUUUAUGGGGUAGGGAAGUUAGGAUUUGUGGAAUGUGUCUCAUAAACGUGGUUUGCUCCUGACCGGAAAUCAAGGAAGCACCCUGGAUCUUUUUACAGCAUGUAAGGGAGGCAAACUCUAGCCUGGGGUCUUACACAUACAUUUUACACAGCAAAUGUCUAUGCAUGUUGAUGUGCCUUACAUCUGUAUGAAGUGCUACAUUUAAACAAGAAUUUAUAGGAAAUAUCUGUAAAGGCCAAAAACAGCCAUUCACAUUCAUUUUCACUCUCACUAGCACACACCUUAAAAGUCAGUUGAGACGGUGUGCUCGUGUACAGACGUUUUACUUUCAGAGUUUAUUUUAUACAUCUUUGUAUAUUUUCUGUGUAUGUGUGCAUGCAUGCAUGAGUUUGUACAUGAUUGUCAGUGCAUGUCUACUGAGGCAACAUCAGUAUUAGUUACUGUAAGUAUUUGUGCCACUAGUUUAUUGUGAUUUGACAUAACUCUGAGAACACUACACUGAGUACUUUUGAUAUGCGUAUGUAUGUAGUCAACUGGUAAGAAAAGCAUAGUCAGUGCCAGUUCAGAAUAAACCUUACAUGGUACCAUUGGAGGGAAAUGAAGGCAGACUUGAAUUGUUGCUAGAUAGUUGUUUUAGCAACUAAUUUUUCUGAAAGAUCAGCAUAUUGAAACUAGUUCUAUAGUUUCCAACCACAGUGCAACAGAGUGUUGAAACCAUGUUGGCUACUUGGCAUGCCUCACACACUAGUCACUAUUUAGGGUUAUUUAGAUGGUACCCCUUUAUAAAAAAUAAAACAAACUAUUGAGUCAACAUGAUGAUAAAAUUGCUGUGCGUCCCAUUGAGGCCAUUUUUAGGCAAUACAAUAGUGUGUUUUGUGUUACCUGGUAUCUGAAGGACAGCAGCCCAAACUGUCAAUAUAUGUGGUUCCAAUGCUCACAUCUGUAGUCAACAUUGGCUAUAACACUAUAAAACAAUAAUGUAUCACAUUUAUUACAGUUUGAUAUAAUUUCAAAGUCCAUUUCCAAAUGUGACAUAACUUCUCUCUGCUGUCAGUCAUUCAUUCCAUUUAGGUAAGAGGUUUCUCUGGUGCAUCUCUGCCCUCUGUAUAGAGAGGCAUAAGUAGCCUCAUUCUCUUUACUCAAUUCUUCCCUCCCUCCUGGCUAGUUCUCCCUAAACAGUCUACAUGACACACAUUGCUUUGCUAUGACACUGUAUUAAGACGAUCCCUUUUAAUGUCAGUUUUAGUUUGCUGAGUGGUCUUUCUGAUUUUGGUUCACACGUUAUUUCUGUUUGCAUUGCUGUAUAUUAAACACUUGUAAGGCUGCAAGAUUUAUAUCCAAUGUGUAAAAGGGAUCGCUUCUUCUUCCAUGUUCUGUGUUUUGAUAGGGGAAAGUAUUUUUCUAGAGUAGUAUUUUUCUUAAAAUAGACAUACUUGGCAUGAGAUAACAACCACUCUCUUAAAUCUGAUCAUUUAUUUACUUAUUUAAACUUUUUUUUUUUUUACACUAACUGAAAUAUGGCCUUGAUCUUUGAGUAGUUGUAUGCCUUUAUUUUUUGGGACUGGACUGUUGGAGGAAUAGGAUUGUUGUCAUUUUUCUAUUGUAUAUUAUCAAUAACACAUUACCUUGUUUCAUCUCUUGCUACAUUUGUACUUAGAACCCUAUUGUCUUUAUAAACAAGGUAUUUUUAUGUGGAACAUUGAUGUAUUUGGAGUGUAAACCCCCAUAUUUCAAAUGUAUCACCAUGCCUGGCCUGCCAUAACACUAUGCAUCAAAAUAGGAAAAUGUUUUGUGUGUUGCUUUUAGUGAACUGCAUCUAACUGCUAUCAGAACAGAAUUACAUGGAGAAAGGAUAUACCUUGAAGAUUUUAACAGUAGUCUGUCACAUAGUAUAUAAUUGUGUGAGAUGAAUAUGUGUGUGUGUAUCAAUCUUGGGAAGGAAAUGGGCUUGAUUUCCACUCUAUUGAGAACUUCCUGAUUGGACAGUGUUAGAGGGAUUGCCUUAAUUUAUGCAUGCUGUGUAUUGAAUACCAUGACCUUAAUGUACUGUAUAUUUUUCAGUAAAGACUACCAAUCACAAUUAUUUUUUGUUUUACAACCACAAGUAUGCCUGUGUUACCAGAGUCAAUGAUGAAAGGCUGCUGGUAUCUCUAGGACAGGUUGAAUCUUUGAAAUUUGUCAAUAAACAUUUUAUUUCACAUUUUGAA